CCUCGUAAACUUGUAGUUAUCCUACAGCAGCAAACAUCAUGGGUCGAAUACAGUUCCGAGGACGCGACGGAAACCGCCGUUUACGCUCGUGCUGCAGCGCUGUUUUGCGGCGUCUUCGACAGGAUUUACUCCUGGUGCUAAUUAUUCUUGGCGUAAUUAUCGGUUUUAUCAUCGGUACUUCAGUAAACGAGCCCGUAAACAACAUCAAAGACCCAGAAUGGAAACAAACCACCAUCAUGUUGAUAGGGUUUCCGGGCGAGCUCUUCAUGAACAUGCUCAAGCUGUUGAUCCUGCCGCUUAUUGUGGCAAGCCUGAUAACUGCUCUCGCCACAUUGGAUUCCAAAGCCACUGGAAAAAUCGGCCGCCGCACCGUGCUCUAUUACCUUGGUACUAUGCUCAUCGCUGUGCUUAUUGGCAUUGUCCUGGUAGUUUCUAUUCGCCCAGGUGAACGCAGCAGACCCGAGGUUGAGGAGACAAAACCUCUUUCAAGGCCUUACAGAGGGCUUGACUCUCUGCUCGAUCUUUUGAGGUAAAAAUACUUCCUUAUGGAAAAGUAUUCAAUUUAGAUGUAAACUCUUCGCAAUUCUCCAAACGUUUUGUUCAGAAUUGAAAGUCUAGUUAAUAGCUUUUGCUUGAGAAGGAUCAUUUCAAGCUAGGGUUGCAGUUAUUUGCAUUUUUUUGCUAACUACGCCGGUAAACUGGGAUGAGACUCAGUGUGUUUGGACAGUAUCUUCUUGUGCGACUCGUUCCACGAAGGGGUUUUAUUCGAUUUGAAGAAACUGAAAUUUCAUUGAUUAUGCACCACUUUUUCCACCUUUCUCCGAUACUGGCUGUGUUCGUUUUGUAGUGCAUGUUAACACCUUAACUUAAGUCUGUUACGGCAUCCAUGCGGCACAGCGAGCGGUAUGCAUGACCGCAUCCGAGUUGUUAUUCAGCUUGUCUACGGCUCUGUGGUUUUCUUACACUAAGGUGUCAAAGAUGUUAGAAUUUUUUAUGCUAUCCUGUGAUAAAGUAGGCAAAAACGUAAUGCGUUGGUUGUCUUGUGUCUUGUAUAUACGACAUAUAACUCGGUAAGAUUUUCUAGACUACUCUGCCGUGUGCGAUCGCCUGUGAAAUGCAAUACACGAUGUCGCUUCAGUCGCUCGUGGGUACGGGUCUAUAUCAUAUCAUGCUUGUCCUUAUAAUCACGCGAUCGUGCAUAGUCGUCAAGAGUGCAAACGUUUUGAUAUUUCCUCCUUCAAUAAGAGCGGUUUAAAAUAACGUUCGCUUCAAAACAUAUCAAGGCACUUUUAUCUCUCAUGAAAUAACGGUUAUAAAUCAGUUGUGGAUGCAUGCAGUUAAACAAAACGUAAACAAGAAUAUCAGACAUUCCAGGUAUGGUAACCCGAUUAACCACGCGUCAUCGACGACUGACAAUACAGAAUUGUGUUGCAUGAUCUAGUGUGGACAUUGGGCCACAUUCACAUAAGAAAAUUGAACGAACUUAAUCAUAUUCAUGAAUGUUGUCGGGCUUGAUGUGCUUUUUCUUUCGACAAAAGCACAUCAAGCCCGACGACAUUCAUGAAUAUGAUUAAGUUCGUUCAAUUUUCUUAUGUGAAUGUGGCCCAAUGUCCACACUAGAUCAUUGCCAUUCUCCAUUGCGUUUGAACACCAUUUUUAUCAUCGAAAACGCAAACUGAUUCAAACAGUCUUUAUAAUUAGGCUUUCCUACUCACGAAGACUCUUGAAACCUCCCCUCUUCCGCCCGUUGGUUGGGCCCUCACUCUGAUUAUUGGCGGGGUUUUUCAGUCCCGCAGCCCGUCGCUAAUUUUUUAUUCCAUUCCACUGAACCCCUUCCCCGCUGCACUAAUAGCAUUUCAUUCCGAUCCCACCUGGUUUAAGCUCUGACCUCCUACUCGGAUCACCAUCGAUCAUCAGUAUCAACUUGUAGAUUUGCUACGACUUUCUUUUACGUGGAGCUUUGCCAAUUUAAACAAGACAAAUUCUAGAACUCAGAUUUAUGGUGCACGAAAUUUAUGGACGGCGCUUUUAGGAUCCGAAGAUUUUGAAUCAGUUGCCUUACUUAUUUCUACUUGGUAAAACAAGUUUGCAUGACUGUUUCGUUACGCUUUGUUAUAUAGGAGCUGUUUUCCAGUUAACAUUGUGGAAGCUUCAUUCAUGCAGGUCAGUAUAAUAGUUAUCUAAACAUGUAUGUGACGUCUUGAGAGCAAAAAUCUCUCAAGGAUACCUUAGUGUCUUUUGCGGUUAUUUAUAAGGUUACCUUUUUCAUAUUGUUUUUUACUGUAUAGCAUAUAUGAUAGACGGAUUUGAACUACACUACGGCUUGGAAAAUUUAAUUACAACAAAGGAAUGUUUUCCAAGUACUCCGUAGACUCGGAGUCAACUAUUGUGGGCCUUGUCACAUCACCCCCCCUGGCAAAAACGUCCCGCUUUGUGCUGUCAUAGUACUCUUUAAGCAAAAGGGAAAAACGCAUCAGGUCUGUUUGUGUCAUUCACUUUGUUCUGUUUGUCUAAGUUUUGUUUUGUUACUUGUCGUUGUCUUUUUUUGUUUCUUUGUUCGUCAUCUUUUUCAUUGCCUUUUUUAAAGUUUUUUUAGUCGGCUUUUCUUUAUCCCUUUUAGAGUGGGCGUUAAUUUCGUUUGUCCUGUGUUUCAGGGCCUAAGCAUUCCAUAUUAGGACUAAAUUGUUUUUCCGCGAAAGGUCAUAUGACAUCAUAUCAUGUCUUCGGAAUAGGGUCGAGUAGUGUUCGUCAAAAAGCGUCGUUGACGAUAACCGUUUUUUGUGAGCGUGUAGUAAUCAUCUUUACUUUGUAAAGGUCAGCGAAAAACGACAAGCUUAACAAUUAAAAACGGGGGACGAUAGUCUGCUGUUUACCGUUUGCCGUGAACAUGAAGCUGGUCGUAAACACUCUAAUAUUUUUUGUCUUGACUGAACUGAAAUCCACCUGCUGAGUACAAAAUCAAGGAUAGUAUAGUCACAGAAAGAAUAAAUGUAUGUAUGUCCUAUCCUUCAAAAACGAACCCGGAAAAGAUCGCGCUCUCCUCGAAAACUGGCGGCCGAUAUCCCUUGUUAAUGUUGAUACGAAAAUUAUGUCCAAGGUGAUCGCAGCAAGGAUUAAAAAGGUGCUACCCAGUAUCAUUCACUGCAACCAGACUGGUUAUGUUAAAGAUCGUUUCAUUGGUGAAGCAAUACGUUCUAUUUUCGAUAUUAUGGAUUUCACAGCUAAGGAAAACAUCCCAGGUUUACUGCUGUUUAUAGAUUUUCGAAAAGCUUUUGAUAGUGUGGAAUGGGAAUUUCUCUUUGAGAGUCUUAAUAUAAAAAGUUUAACUUUGGUCGAGACUUCCUUCAAUGGGUGAAAACCUUUUAUAACAACCUUCAAUGGCGUUAGUUCUAACUUUUUUACUUUGGAACGCGGUGUUAGGCUGGGUGAUCCACUCUCUCCUUACUUAUUUAUAAUUGCUGUAGAAACUUUUAAAUUAGCAAUUGCUAUAAGGCAAAAAGAGACAAUUUAAGGAAUCACAAUACGAACUGAGGAAACUAAGCUUUUACAGUUUGUAGACGAUACAACCGCUGUGUUAGGUGACACAAGCUCGGCCGAAAGAUUAUUUGAACUACUUAACAAAUUCGAAAUUCUCUCUGGACUCAAGAUUAACUGUUCAAAAACUGAAGGUAUGUGGAUUGGAUCUAAGAGACAUUAUAAAGAAAAACCAUUCGGUAUUAAAUGGUCGGACGAACCAAUAAAAGCUCUAGGUGUAUAUUUUACUUACGACCAAAAAUUGCUUAAAGAAAAGAAUUUUAUUGAACGACUGGAUUCAAUUAAAAAACUUAUUAAUAUAUGGUCCGCUAGAGGCCUGUUGAUAUACGGUAAGGUGAAAUAAUCAAAUCUUUUCUUAUCCCUAAGUACAUUUACGUUUGUUCGAUCCUUCCAUCUCCCAAGGAAUUACUAAAAGAAUUGAAUAAAAUGCUAUUUGAAUUUCUCUGGAAAGGUGUAGAUAAGUUAACAAGAGCUUCAGUUAUAAACGAAUACGAAGAUGGAGGGCUAAGAAUGGUUGAUCUCGAGUGCAUAGUUAAAUCAUUGAGAUUAGCUUGGUUAAAACGUAUCUUCAGUGGGACUAAUGGAACUUGGAAAAGCUACCUACAACACUUCUGAGUUCCGUUGGGGGAUUGUUCUUUUUUAACUGCAACUACAAUUUCUCGGAUUACACAAUUCCUUCUCAAUUUUAUCGGGAACUUUUGUUAUGGUGGUCGCAAUUUCGUGAAACGUUUGCCACUGAAGAAGAUUGGAAAACCAUAAUCUGGAAUAACAAAGAAAUAAAAGUAGAAAACAAGCCGGUUUAUUAUAAACAUUAUGUUAAUGCGAGCGUCAUUUGCAUUCAAGAUCUUUUAUUUAGUGUGAACAGUACUGAUUCUUAUAAUCAACUGUCUAAAAAAUAUUUUAGAAUGGGCUGGCUUACGUACGUCCAUUCCAUUGUUGUUAAGAAGUUAUGACAGGUAUCCUUCCAUAAACUCUCCAACAUUUGUGGUGCGUAACAAUAAUUUUGAUGUUACGAAAGGGAAAUCAAAGGAUUACUACAACCUACUCAUCAGAGAAAAAGCUAAACCGCCCAAUAUUAUUAAAAAAUUACAGAGUAACUUUCAUUUUAACAGCGACAAUCUGAAGCAAAUAUUUAAGCUGCCACACUCUAUCGUUGUCGAAUCGUAUGUUAAAGCCUUUCAGUACAAAGUAAUUAACUCAAUUCUUUACACAAAUACAAAGUUGUAUAACAUAGGUUUUUGAACAAAUAAUUUAUGUACUUUCUGCGACAAUCAACCCGAAUCAUUAACCCAUUUGUUUCUAUCACUGCUCACGUUGUAAACAGUUUGGAUUGAAUUUGAAUUAUAUUGGUGCCUUAUUUCGAAUCAACGAAUUCGUCUCUGCUUGGAAAAUGUGCUCUUUGGAAUUUUGACGGAAAAUGCUUGCCCUUUACUUCAAUUGCUGAACUUUUUUAUAAUUAUUGGACUAUUUGUGGGACUGUAGGAACAAACAAAUCCUUCCAAACAUUUAUGGAUUUAGGGGGAAGAUCAUCGCUAAAUAUGAAACAGAAGAAAAAAUCAGCAACAAAGAAUUCUUGAAAAGAAAGUGGAUACUGACGCCUUAUUUUUAACUCCGUAUUAUUUCAUUGCCCUGUUGUACUUUUUUCUAAUUUCUUUUAGCCCUGUAAUAAUUCAACAAUUAAUUUUGCGUUACUCUGCUAAUGUAAAUUGUUAAAGUGUUUUUUUGUAGUAUUGUAACUGUAAUUAUUUAAUGUGAUUAUCAAUAAAUAUAUUUACAUAAAAAAAAAAAUGAACCCUUCUAGAAGACUCUAAAGUUGAAUUGACUUUCCUGGUAUUGUUACUAUACUUCACCCAGUGUAGAAUACACGAAAUUCCUAUUUUAUCUCUCUGACAGAAAAGGACCAAAUAUAGAUCUGUGAAGCCAAUAUACCACGAAUACAACAAGACAGUCGACGCACAGUCCAUUCCGGCAAAUAGUUCCAUGAGGAUAUUCAACAAUGGAACGAUCAACUAUACGACGAUUCGCGAAAAACUCGCACCAGGAUCAGAUCUCGUUCCCAAUGGCCUCGAGAUAGCAUCCCGUAACAUGAAUGUUCUUGGGUUGGUUGUGUUCUCUAUCGUUUUUGGCAUCGUGCUGGGUCGUGUUAAAGAGCGAGGGAUUCCAGUAAAGCAAUUUUUCGAGUCUCUGAAUGAAAUUAUCAUGGAAAUGAUUGGCUUGGUCAUGUGGUAAGGGUUAUUUGUUGUAUAUUAAAAUGGUAAUAAUAUAGUAACUUUUGAUGCCGUUGAUAAAGAUGAUAUGAUGAUGAUGAUGAUGACGAUCAUGAUGAUGAUGAUGGUGAUGAUGAUGAUGAUGAUGAUGAUGAUGAUGAUGAUGAUGGUGAUGAUGAUGGUUGUUGUGGUGGAGGUGGUGGUGGUUGGAAUGAUAGUGACGAUGAUGACGAGGAUAAUGCUAAUAUGCUUUAUGUUCAUGACUCUAACGAAGGUUAUAAUGAUAAUAACGAUGACGAAAAUGAAAAAAAAAUAAUGAUAACUAUCGGAUAAUAACGAUGGUAACUUGUCCGUAAUGUAUCCUUAAUUAUUUUUGUUUAUUUUUCACAGGCUUUCUCCCAUUGGCAUCUGUAGUUUAAUAGCAGCCAAACUAGUAGCUAUGGAUGAUAUCGGUCAAGCAUUCGAGAUGCUGGGUUAUGUGAUGGGUACUGCCACUGCUGGCCUCUUUUUACACGGUGUGAUCAUUUUGCCGCUUGUCUAUUUUAUAUUCACAAGGAAAAACCCGAUAAUAUACCUUAAGAACCUUUCUGAUGCUGUGGCCACAGCAUAUGGUACAGAUUCCAGGUAAAUUCCACAAUAUAAUUACAAUACCUCAAUUUUUUUGAAGAUUUUAUGAAGAUGUUUAGCGAGAGUUCUUUAAUUCGUUACCUCCAAGAGUCGUCUAAUGUACAGAAGCUGGGUUUUUAGUCUUGUAUCGUGUAAGGUGUAAGGUGUAAGGCCACAGCCAUGACUCAAGUGACCAAUAACCUGAGAGACAGUUCUCACUGACGAGGCGUCACGCCUUUUUGCAAUUAAAGAUGAACUCAAUUGACAAAAUAAUUAUGUUUUCCUUCCCCAUAGCUUCUUAUUUUCUUACUUUGCCUCAAGACUCUCUAUUGAGGGGAGAGGGGGAUACUUUUUCUUUGUCCCGAAACCCAGGUCUAACCUCCAUUCAGUGGACACCUUAGUACUCAAAACGUGACUGACUAAAAAGUGGGUUGCUUUUUAAGUUAAAGUGUACACGCUGAUCACACUAACGAUAGCUUUCACAACAUGGGAAAUCAACACACAAUAUAGCAGAGAACGUAAAUCGUGAUUUUUUAUAUACAUUAUUUAGCUGUUUGAAACAAUGACUGCAACAGAUCCAGAGACAGGUCAAUUAUCAUUGGUUGUUGGUAAAUUGUUAUCAGACCUUAGCCCAACUUCUAUUCAAGGCACAUUUUUUUCGGUCCCGAGGGUGUCCCCUGAAAGAGAGGUUCCAAAGUAAUUGGCUUCGGUUUGCAACUAUUUAACAAUUAUUCCUCGAGCCCGAAUGGGCUCUGAGUCAAUGGGCUAUUGACUCAGAGACCAUGAGGGCGAUAGGAAUAAUUGUUUUAGUAAAAUCCUACUAGUUGGUAAAAAAUAUCGAGAAUAAAGAAAAUUUAGCUAGUUAAAGCUAGACUUAAAUCCUAUUUUGCCGCCAAAAAGCCCGUGCUUUUCGCUACUAGGGGGCUAUAACAUUUAGCCUAGUAGUAGCUCAACCAAUCAGAACGCAGCAUUGAUAACUAGGUGAAUUUUCCUAAUAAUGGAACAACCACUCUCUGUUUUUACCUUUAAAUUAUUAACCUAGCGCGGCCACUUUGCCAACCACUAUCAAAUGCACUGAGGAGUACAAUGGUAUCGAUAAACGCAUCAGUCGUUUUGUUCUUCCGCUGGGAGCCACUGUCAACAUGGACGGGACAGCUUUGUAUGAAGGCGUUUGUGCCCUGUGGAUCGCCCAGCUGCAUGGUAUUGACCUCAGUGCUGGGCAGGUUAUCACUACCGUGUAUGUACCAUUAUACACCGCUUUAGACGUUUCUCUUAAGGUUCGGUAAAACGGGCAACGAAAAUGUGCAAUUCGUUUUGCAACAUCAAACGUUGCACAUUUACCAUCCACGAAUCAAACCUGUCUUGCAACAAAUCAAGUCGUUGCGGGUUUCGAAAGGUUGUUGCAGUAAGUAAAGAGAGAUUCUCCUUUUUCCAAAAAAAUAUUGUACAUGUCACGCGUUUUACUGGUCCAAGGCAAACUUAUUUUGCAUCAAGUGACGUGAAUCCCUCUCAGUAUGGCGUAACUCCGCAACUUGCAACAUUCUGAUUGUUGCAAGACGAAUUUGAAAUUAGCGGAUAUAACGCCCCUUUUCUUAAGGGAAAAACUUCGUGGGGCAGAAAUAUUGCAAAACAAGUUGCACGUUUUUGUUCCCCGUUUCAACCGUAGCAUAAGGGCAAGUUAUGAAACCAUCCAGAAUAGAUUUACCGGAAAUAUAAGAUGCAGUGGGUAUAGAUUUCGGACUGAAUGAAACUCAUCGGUAUGGUGUUGAAUUGGCUUUGCUGGAAAUAUCACUGUGAUGGAAUAGUAACCUAGGAGAGGAGGAGGAGAUGAAGGGGGGGGGGGGAUUCAUGACUUAGCUCCUCCGGGCACUUCCCAAACGGAUCACAGUUACCGUGUUGAGUGACGGUAUCCAAGAGAAAUACAGGAAAGCCAAAAACUAAAAAAGCAUGUUGUAAACAAUAUUUAAAGUUGUGGCUUAUAAAACUAAGAAAUCAUCUACAUUUAUCAUAAUUGGCGAUGAUUUUGUCAGGGAAAGACUUUUAUUUAUGAAUUUUUAGACUAAAGCUUGUAUUCAAGGAAAUUAGGCAGACAUUAAAAAUAUCCUAACCGACCCCGUUUUGAUUAAUGUUAUCAAUAAAAUUAAUCAAAUACAUUAAUGAAUGUAAUCCCUUAUUUGGCGUCUAUUCUCACUUUCAGGCUCACUUCCAUGGCUGCAGCAGUGGGCGCGGCUGCAAUUCCAUCUGCAGGCUUGGUUACCAUGUUGAUUGUCCUUCAAGCUGUCAAUCUGCCAACCGAAGACGUAGCUCUUCUUUGGGCCGUUGAUUGGUUCAUGUAAGCCAGAAAGUUCCAUCUUAUUUUCUUUAUGUCUUUGGUUUCUUUGCCUUCCGCUUGUGCACUUUCGUUUUCCGUAUUCAAGCUGUUGUACGAAGAGAAUAAAGUGGAAGCAAGUGACAAAUGGUCUCAAAUUUUAAGAGCUAGCUUCGAUCACUUAAAUCCACAGGGGGCUCGAAUGUCUCUUUGCAGUCAUAAUAUGAAAUGUGUGGCUAUCUUGAGUUUAUGCUUGAAGGCAUGCUCUAGUUCGUUGUCACAAACAGUGUUUUUGUCGAUAGUUACGAGGUGCCAGUUAAAGGAUUAACAAAAAACUUCAACUUUUUUAAAAAAAUACUUUAGAUGAUGAUAAUUUUUUUUUUUUGCAGGGAUCGUUUCCGAACUGUGGUGAAUGUUCUUGGUGAUGCCAUUGGGGCUGGAAUAGUGGCACACCUGUCACGUGAUGAGCUAAGGGAGGCUGACGAGGCAAAUAAAGGAGAUGACCAGGAGCUGCUCGAAAAAUACAGGCCUAAGGACCCGGAUAUGGUUGUGUCCGGCUUGUAAAAUUAUUCGUUUUGAACCAUGUUUAGAACCUAUAAAUGAGCAUUUCCAAGGGGAUUCUUGAAAUUGUACGCGAGUAGUUUUUCGAAGAUUUUCUUUACAACGAACCGCACGGCAAUGACCAUAUAGUUUUUAGACACUUUUACAGGUGUAUUCGUAACAAAGCUUGAAAAGUUAACUUGUUUU